AUGAGCAAGCUAAAUCAAGAUUUAUUAAAAAAAGCCAUUAGCGAUGUAUUUGAAGGAACAAAACAGAAAAAGAGAAAAUUUGUUGAAACAAUAGAAUUACAAAUUGGUUUAAAGGAUUAUGAUACACAAAGAGAUAAACGUUUUUCAGGUACCGUAAAAUUAUCAAAUGAAGUUAGAAAGAAAUUAAAAGUCUGUAUAUUAGGAGAUGCUGUACAUUCUGAAGAGGCACAAAAAUUAAAAUUAGAUUAUAUGGACAUCGAAGCUAUGAAAAAAUUAAAUAAAGAUAAAACAUUGGUUAAAAAACUUGCUAAAAAAUAUGAUGCAUUUUUAGCAAGUCAGGUCAUAUUGCCUCAAAUUCCAAAAUUAUUAGGUCCAGGUUUAAAUAAAGCAGGAAAGUUUCCUUCUUUAAUUACUCAUAAUGAUAAAAUAAAUGAUAAAAUUUUAGAAUUAAGAUCAUCCAUUAAAUUCCAAUUGAAAAAAGUUUUAUGUAUGGGAGUACCUGUCGGUCACGCUAACCUUAAGGAAGACGAAUUAAGAUCAAACAUAGUACAUGCCAUCAAUUUUUUAGUUUCGCUUUUAAAAAAAAAUUGGCAAAAUAUUAGAACAUUACACAUUAAAAGUACUAUGGGAAAACCACAAAGAAUCUAUGGUUAA